AUGCCGCAGCCGCCUUGGACUACACCAACGGGAAAUGUUGAUGCAGCGGCACAGAAGAAAUUCUUCAACGACCCUUGGAUACGGAUCAAAGGAGGACUCAAGACGAAACACUAUAAGCAACUGUUAUCGUCUAUCGAAGAGGACAUCUGCCGCAUCUCCAGCCUCACUGCAGGAGCAAUUGCGCUGGAGCCACUACGACUUCAAAGAAGACGCAAAGCCAACACCGAGUAUCUUCUGAAGUUUCGACAACAGGCAGAGAAGCUAUACGACGCUUUCAACACGCGGUGGGCAUCGAGAUGUAAAUGCCAAUGUACACACCAGGCAAAUUUGCGGCUUGACAUACAGAGAGACGAUGAAACAGGCAGCCCUUCCAGCUUCAAGCUUGUAUUCACCUUCGCAUCACCGCAUGGUAGCUAUGUCAAUUCCUGGAAGCCGAUACCGGUAGAAAUUGAGGCUAUCGAUGUAAUUGACCCAACAACCCCAAGCAACACCUCAUUGCUUCCCAGCAUCGUCGUCCACUCGAACACAAAAAUACACGACCACUGGAAAUGCCUCCAAAAGGCUCCAGAUAUCGUCGAUCUUUGCGCAACACUGCAACACUGCCCAAGCCCACAUUGCAUGGGAGUCAUGAGUAGCAAGCUGGCAAGACACCACAUCCACACUCUCCGACUACCAUACGCUAGCACCACUGACAAACGCGUGAGCCUGCAACAGCUACUUGAGAAGCAAAGUCAGAGCUUCCAGAUCAAGGAAAAGUGUACUCUAGCUCUUACACUCGCCUCCGCUGUCUACCAUCUCUACAACACACCGUGGCUAGAAGAAACUUGGGACCUGAACGACAUAUGCAUCCUGAGCCAAUCCGUACUAUCCGAUCAACCAUACAUAUCCCGAGACUUCCCCGCCGCGGCAGUACCACCGGCCCACAGCCAACGAAUGCGUAUCAUAAAGAACAGCAUCAUCUUCGCUCUCGGCGUCGCAUUGCUAGAGAUCUCGUACGGUAAGUCACUGCAAACCUUUACAACCAAGGAGGAUCUCGACGACGCAACAGGUAGCCGUACAGCAUUCACCGACUAUCUCAUAGCAAUUCGGUUGGCGGAGGGGUUGCGUACGCGGGAACUGCCGAACUAUGCGGAUGCGACGCAGAGGUGUAUACAUUGCAAUUUCGAGGCCUCGGUGUUUAGUCUCGAUAAUGAUGACUUUAGGGAGAGGUUCUAUCAGGGUGUUAUCGUGCCGUUGAGGAAGGAUUAUGAGUACGUUGUUAGCGCCGCCACGAUAUAA